AAAGAAAAAAAAACUCCUCCUAAAACUCUGUGAAAUUUGUUUAGGGCUGCUUGUAAUCUUCACUCUCUCUCCAUCUGACUGAAAAAGCAACACAGGAAUUAUUGGUAGAAACAAAAGGAGUAUUAAGAGAGAACAUCCAAAACUGUGACUUCCAAGGGCAACUGUUAAAUGUGAAAGUUAAACAAAGUUGUACGUUUCACUACCUAGUGCAGUGUAUCUAGUGUUCUACAAUGGCAGCAUCUGUCUCUGAAUUGUUGCUGACCAUUCUGGAGAAACUGAACAACAAAGAGAUGGAGAGAUUUAACUGGGAGCUGUGCAAUAGCAAUCUGAAAGAUUUUCCUAACAUUUCAAAGGCUCAUCUGGAGAAUGUCACAAGGCAUGCCACUGUGGAUAGGAUGGUGGAGACCUACUGCGAUGAGGGAGCUGUGAACGUCACAAUCAUGAUCCUAAGCAACAUGAACCGUAACAAACUUGCUAUGUCUUUAAAGAGAGAUCUUCCAGAAGAGGAAUCAACACAGAAAAAAAGAAGGGAAGAGGGGAAAUCGGUGAGUGGACGACCUGAGGACGACCUGAGAUCUGACUUAACACGUCUGGAAGAAAAGCUGGAGAAAUGUAUAAAUGCCCGAGAGAGCUACAAUAGCAUGACUCAGCACACCAAGGACCAGGAGGUGGACACAACGAGGAGGAUCAGGGAAGAGUUUGUGAAGCUCCACCAGUUCCUGAGAGAGGAAGAGGAUGCCAGACUGGCUGCUCUGAGGGAGGAGGAGAAAGAAAAGGGAAUGUUAAUUGAGAAAGGCAUGGACAGUAUUGAUGAGCAGAUCUCCUCUCUCACAAAUGCCAUUAAGGCUGUGAAAGAGGACCUGAACAAAGGCAGUGAAAACUUCCUUGUGAAUUACAAGCAGAGAAGAGCCCAACUUGAUCUUCCGGAUCCACAGCUCGUCUCCGGAGCGCUGAUCGACAUCGCCAAACACCUGGGAAACCUGCAGUUCCAAGUCUGGGAGCAGAUGCAGGCGAUAGUCAAACACUCGCCCAUAAUUUUGGACCCCAACACGGCUCCCUCUACUAUGACUUUGUCUGAUGACCUCACCAGCGUGCGACACACAGCCGUAGAGAAGCAGCAUUUUCCGGACAACCCAGAGCGGUUCACGCGGUGGGCAAAGGUCAUUGGCUCCACAGGCUUUAUGAAGGGUUCAGAGCAUAGCUGGGAGGUGGAGGUGGGCGACCAACCUGAGUGGAAUCUAGGCGUGGCUGCAGAGUCCGUCGAUCGGAAGGGAGAAGAUCUUCUUGCGUCACCAGAAUACGGAAUCUGGGCUAUACUGAAAAGGGGGCGCAAGUAUACAAAUGGAGCUGGUAAAACGCUCACUCUGAAGAGGAUACCCCAGAGGAUCAGAGUUCAGCUGAACUACGACAGGGGGGAAGUGGCUUUCUAUGACCCCAAAGACAAUACACACAUCUACACUCAUAAACAUAGGUUUACUGAGACGGUCUACCCAUACAUCUCUGUUUGGAAGAUGAAAGACGCCAUCAACCGUGAUAUACAUAUCUGCCCAUCAGAGGUGUCUGUGACAGUAAAAUCAAAUCAAUGAGGUAUGUGCGAGUGUUCGUGGGUGUAUCGAUCCAAUCUUCUCUGACAGGCUUAUACGACUUUUCUGUAAACCAUCCCAAACUAUUAUUGUUCUGUAUAAGAUGUCUGCCCUGUUACAUUUCAAAUAUUGUUGUAGUUUAAUAAUUGUGCACGUUUCAUGUCCAAAUCAUCCUAAAGUGUCUGAAAUUCCUAAUGUAGAUCAAUUAAGUUAUACUUUAAGAUGCUAAUAUACGGGAUAUAUAAUUGGUGUUGGGUGACAAAUGCUAAAAAGUUAGCAUUUGGAGACAGUGGCCAGCGAAACUAAACCAAAUCAGGAUUGCUGUCUGACGUUGUCUGUAGACUGCUUAAAAGAUAAGGGAAUCUAUCAUUAGUUUCAACUCUCCCUUUAAAGGGGAAGUCCACAGCUGAAACAAUAACAAAGCAGUCUCCCUGGAGAAAUUUAACCACUCAAUAGACAGAGCUACGGAUGCAAGGACAGAUCAUCCAAGAUAACAAAACAUUGGCAGACUUCUAUAUUCGUGAUAUAUAUACAUGUUGAUUCUUGAAGAAUAUAACGUAUAAAUGCCAUGAGCUUAGAUAAACUGUCGUACCCAAUCAGAACCCAUAUAAAAGCUUAUAUUUUGGGUUCUGAUGGGGUACGACAGUUCAACUAAAAGUUCAUGGCAUUUAUAAGUUAUAUUCUUCAAGAAUCAACAGGUAAAUAUCCCUUACAAUAUAAUUCCAAAUUUGAUGUAGCAACUGCAACUUUUAAGUUUAUUAGGUAUAUGUUGAUAGUUCAACACUUUGUUUUAGUAAACCACAAGAUCUGUGUGCCAUGUCUACUUGUACCUUUUGCUAAACAUUUACUUUGACUUCCAGCACCUGUUGAAAGUUACUGGAUGUGCCUGUCAUCGUUUUUCCCCCCCCAAAUGUUCCAAUCUGCUGUGCUGAACUUUCUGUAUGAGAUGUAAGGGGUUUACAUACAUGUUUAUAUAUUUGCCUUCUUUAAAGUGGAACCACGUGUUUCUGCAGUCAGACAGAAUGACAUGGCUGCAAAAAGAAAGUGUCAUUUUGACAAGACUACGGUCGAAAUGUGUCGUCUUUUUGAAUAAACUAGCACCAUGGAUUCAUAAA